UCCUCUCUUCUGUCCCAUUUCGUCAUCCGCCCAUGUGGUAAAACCACGCCCGCCAUGGUCGCCAUGCCAUCGGACCUGCAAGUGUUCGUCAAAUGGAAGGAACAAACCAUCUUUGCCGGCGAAGAUGUCGAGUGCACAAUCACAUUCAAGAACGUUGCAGAGACCGCAAAGGAAGAACCCAAGACGCCCGCUCUAAACCACCAGCGCAGAGCAUCGCGGCCCUUUACCGCCGGCUCCAACAAUGACACCGGCUACUUUGGCACCAAAUCGCCGCAGAGUUUCUUUUUCAGUGGAGGGGGUCGUCGCUCUACUCCGUCAAGUCCUCGCCGGCCGGCUUUGGGAUCUCACCGUGUGUCCGCUUCACUGAGCUCGCCGUUGACCGGUUCCCACAGCUUCCCUCCUCUUCAUACACCCUCGCACCUGAACAGUGGUUCGAAUCAUAAACACAAAAGAUCCGUUUCGAUUCUAUCCAUAGAGAGUGACGGUAGCACCGUGUCCGAAAAGACGCCGGUUCAGUCUCAGGUCGCUCGUUCGCGGCCAUGGGGUCACGGCCGCUCGGCCAGUAUGCAGGUCCUUCCAAAACGACCGUCGGGCACAGAAGAAAUAUUUUCUCCAGGCGGGAGACUCCCUGUUCGGGGAUUGCCCUCGGCAGAAUCAGCUCUAAGCCCUCGCAUCGAGGCUGAACGAUUUCGCAAGCCCAGCAGAGCGGGCUCAGGAACCGCAAGUCCGAUGCGGAGUCCUCGCGCAGGACCGGCUCCGCUGUUAACUGAUUUUAAAUUCCCAAUGGCCCCUGCACCUAACGAAUCCGAUGGCAGUCUUCCUGGGUCUGAUCAACUGACCGGGGCAAAUGAUGAUCCCAUACCUCAUCGACAACAACCCAGACAGCCCCCGUCUCUUACACAACAAGCACACUUGGCUCCCGCAACACGGAUCCUGUCGAACUCGAGCGUCAAUGGCAGUACCAGAAGCAGUGGCGAGUUCUACGCGGCCAGCAACAAUUCGAGUGAUACUCUUGAAUCCGAGUAUACAAAUUAUGGCGGCGCCCGUUCGAAAGCCAGUGCACCAAAGCAUAGACGGCAUCUUUCUAGUCUUGAACCGAGUAUAAAGUCACGAGACGCCCUCACGUUACUGAUGGGAUAUGCUCAAAUAAGCGCGACAUUCACUGUUGAUGGUUCCUUGGUCAAUCAGGCUGCAUUUGAAGACGUUAAAAGGAAGGGUGUUGUUGGAGGGCAACCAAAUGGCGGCCGCACCCAGGAGAAAACCCGCCGAGGUGGCGGUUUAUUGGGUGCCUUUGGAUGGAAUGCUAUCGAGGAAUCAAUCAAUGGCCUACUAUCCAACGGUGAUCUCGAAGGCCUCAGAGACAUGCGAGGGGUUACUUCCUCCAAAUCAGUGCCGUUACUAUCUACUCCACAAUCUCUUUUAUUUGUGAAUCUUCGUCUCGGUCCUGGCGAGGAAAAGUCAUACUCUUUCUCAUUUACACUUCCGAAAGGACUUCCCGCCAGUCACAAGGGAAAGGCAAUCAAAGUUCUCUAUAAUCUCGUCAUUGGAACACAGAGAGCGGGUGGGCCGAAGGAUACACAACAGGUCAAUCGUAUAAGUGUCCCCUUUCGAGUUUUUAGCGGAGUCAAUGGUCACGGAGAUGUUCUCAGCCACGAUCUUAUGCAACCCUACGUUCUUUUACGUGACGAGGCACGCGUGCAAACUCUUAAUGGAAGCCCGCGCCCUCCUCCGAAAGACAAAAGUAUUAGUGGUCCAGUCUGGACUACUGCCCCGGAAUUUCUGUCGUAUGUGGACGAAUUACUUGACCAUCACGAACAACAAUCUUUACGCACCCCAGGAGCCCCGCCGAUAACACCACUUGAAAGAAGACCAUCCACUAACUUUCAUGGGCCGGAUAUGUCCUGUAAAGACGCAAUUGACUUUGCCAUUCUCCGAGGCAAUCAAAUAACAAGUUCCAAUCGCAGCGCCAAUAGAUUUGACAUUGCCCGGAACGGGCGCCGAAUCGUAGUAGUGGUGCUGAACCGCCCAUCUCACCGGCUCGGCGAGACCGUCUUUGCCACUAUCGAGUUCUCCGAUGCUGCUCUUCCCUGCUUUUCUUUGCGGGCUACUUUGGAAUCGUCCGAAAAGGUUGAUUCGUCCCUAGCGGUGCGAUCCAGCGCAAGUAUACACCGCGCUACACGACGUAUCCACGCCUCUUAUUUUGAGAACACGUUGUUCUCUACGAGAGUAGUUUUUAGCCCGGCUAUUCCGGUCUCGGCAACCCCAACGCUAUUGACGAGCGGCAUAAAACUAGAUUGGGAGCUCCGCUUUGAGUUUGUCACGACGCAUUCGAAUAACGACGCUGACGCCACCCUGUCUGGGAUGCGGCUGUUGGAGUCUGUUGGGGAAGACGAUCGAGGUACCGUCUUUGCAGCGCUGGAAAACCUGCCCAGCGAGUCGUUUGAGAUUGUCAUUCCUCUGACAGUCUAUGGCGAGACGAAUCCCACUGACCAGCAAUUUGUCGCCCUCGAAGCGAAGCCGCAUACCGCUGUCGAAUUCCUCAAGCCGAGGGGAUUCCAGAUUGGGAACUGGGCAUAUCCAGUCGUUUUAGCUGCUCUUUUCAUAAAUACGCCACACGGGGAAAAAAAUCAUGGCGUCCUUGAUGAAUACAAUACGAUAAACGCUCGUCAUAAUUUCCUGUCACUCGAGCCUCCUUCUUAUUUGUCACCCGCCGUUCGAGCUCUCAAGGGUAGCUUGCAUGUGCUAACUCCACCAAGUAAUGCGCGCACCAAGGGUCCCUUCAAACCCCGCUCGGCGACGCGGGGCACGAGUAGUUACCAACUCAGAAGAUUUGCGGAAGAGACGCUGGGUAGUGGGAGUCUCCGAAAGGCAGUCCGAUUGCCUGAGGGGGAGGAUGUGAAUGAAUGGUUGGCAGUGAAUGUGGUCGACUUUUAUAACCAAAUAAAUCUCCUUUAUGGCUCAAUCACCGAGUUUUGCUCGCCGCAGUCGUGUCCCGAGAUGAAAGCUACAGACGAGUUUGAAUACCUUUGGCAAGACUCGGAAGCAUACAAACGGCCUACCAAGAUGUCGGCUCCGGAAUAUAUCGAACAUCUCAUGGCUUGGGUGCAAGGGAACAUUGACAACGAACAGCUGUUUCCCAGCCGGACUGGAGUCGCAUUCCCCAAAUCAUUCCCAUCUCUGAUCCGUCAAAUGUUCAAACGCCUGUACCGCGUGUACGCGCACAUCUACUGUCACCACUAUCACGUAGUCCUCAAUCUCGGCCUCGAGCCGCAUCUCAAUACCAGCUUCAAGCAUUACGUGCUAUUCAUUGAUGAACACAAUCUUUCCAGUGGCAAGGAUUUCUGGGGCCCGUUGGGAGAUUUGGUCGAAAGCAUGCUGCGGAGUGACUAA